UCCGAGGGCCGCCAUGCCGAAGGCGGCGCGCGGCGCGGAGCCGCUGCACGAGCAGAUCCUGAGGGCCGCCGCCCCGCGAGCGCGGCAGCGCCGGGGCCGGGAGGCGGAGGGCGAUGCGGAGGAGCGGGACGGAGGUUACGUGGGGCCGCGGCUGGCCCGGCGCAUCCUGCGGGAGGCGCGGAGGCAGCAGGAGGAGCUGGAGGCCGAGCACGGCCCCGGGGCGCCCGCCCGACCGCUGCCGCAGCGCUGCGCGACCCCGGGCGGCCCCGGCUCGGAGGAGGACGAGGAGGACGAGGAAUGGCCGACCCUGCGGCGGGCCGCCGAAUGGGACGGGCGGUGCGGCGGUGGGGACGUGGAGGUGGACCCCGAGGACGAGAAGGCGCUGGAGCUGUUCAUGAGCCGCGCCCCGCCGCUCAGGCGGACGCUGGCUGACGUAAUCAUGGAGAAGAUCACGGAGAAGCAGACGGAGGUGCAGACGGUGCUGUCGGAGCUGUCGGGCCGCCCCGUGCCCCAACUCGACCCCCGCGUGCUGGAGGUGUACAGAGGUGUCCGGGAGGUGCUGUCCAAAUACAGGAGUGGGAAACUCCCCAAGGCGUUUAAAAUCAUUCCUGCCUUGUCCAACUGGGAGCAGAUCCUCUACAUCACAGAGCCUGAGACGUGGACGGCAGCGGCAAUGUACCAGGCCACAAGGAUAUUUUCAUCCAACCUGAAGGAGAGGAUGGCCCAGAGGUUUUACAACCUGGUGCUGUUGCCACGGGUCAGAGAUGAUAUUGCUGAGUAUAAGCGCCUCAACUUCCACCUCUACAUGGCUUUGAAGAAGGCUCUAUUCAAGCCAGGAGCGUGGUUCAAAGGAAUCCUCAUCCCUUUGUGUGAAUCGGGGACCUGCACGCUGCGGGAGGCCAUCAUCAUCGGCAGCAUCCUCACCAAGUGUUCCAUCCCUGUCCUGCACUCCAGUGCAGCCAUGCUGAAGAUCGCUGAGAUGCCAUACAACGGUGCCAACAGCAUCUUCCUUCGGCUGCUCAUCGACAAGAAGUACGCGCUGCCCUUCCGCGUGGUGGAUGCCCUGGUCUUCCAUUUCUUGGCCUUCCGCACAGACCCGCGCACCCUGCCCGUGCUGUGGCACCAGAGCUUCCUGGCUCUCGCCCAGCGCUACAAGGAGGACCUGUCUUCAGAUCAGAAGGAGGCUCUGCUCGAGCUGCUCAAGUUCCACAGCCAUCCGCAGAUCUCAGCGGAGAUCCGGAGGGAGCUGGCAAACUCCAAGACGCGGGAUGUGGAGGGGCAGGAGCCUGCAGCCAUGGAGUGAGGGGAGGAGGUGGGGAAACAGCGUAAGCCUGGCCUGCUCCUGGGGGCUGCUGCACACUGCUGGGAGCAGUGCCUCCAGGAGGUGUUUGGGAACAUCCAGCCCUGGGAUACCACUGCUCGUGGUGCUGUACCCCCAGGGCUGGGCUGUGCUCCCUGCACUGCUUGUUGCAAGGCAGCCCCAUGCCCCUGGCACCCAGGAAAGCAGUAGGUUUUGUCCUGCUCCUGUUCUGGAAAAUAAAGCCCAAGCUGGGUCCCGCAGUCUAGAGUA